AUGAAGUCACUAUCUGCAAAUCAUUCUGACUUCACUGCCUCCAUUGCAUUCAACGCAAGUGUGUUGCCGUCCGUCCCUGCAGCUGUGGCUCGGGCCGAGUGCGUCGACGUGCUCACGGUGCGCGACGGUCUCGGACCCAAGGACGCCGUCGACCUGGUGCGCGAGUGCGGGGAGCCCGACGACGACCUGAUCGUCGAGUCGGAUCGCGGCGCCCUGGACGUGAACCUGACGACGGGCUCCGGCGGCGUGCUCAUCCACUACAAGGCCGUCGGCUGCCCGAGCCUCGAGACGCCCCAGGACGGCCAGCAAGUGCACCGGGACGAGGUGUCCGCCAGCUACCUGUGCAGGCCGGGCUUCGUGUUCCAGGACAGCGGGCAGCGCGCGCGCACCCUGGUCUGCGCGCACGGCAACUCCUGGAACGACACGCUACCCUCCUGCGUCAAUAUCUCCUUGACCUCCGCCUGGAAGAGAGCUGGUGUUGAAUCUUGGACAUUCUCUGACGGUAAUAAUACAAAAAUUGUCAUGGCUACCCCGGAAAGUGGAGACAAUGACACCGUUUCGAGAGUCAUUGUUCCAAGCGUCAUCAUGGCCAUGCUUUUCUUAGGAAAUGCAGUUGUGCUCUAUGUGCUCUUCAUGCUGAAGAAGAGAAACAAGAAAAAAUGUGCCGAAGAUGAGGAAAGAGCAGCUAUAGUGAAGAGGAAUGGAGCAGCCAAAGUCGAAGAGUCCGAAAUUGGAACUGAAGACUUAAAUGAUGUCACCGUCACAGAAAAUGUGGUGGGUGACGACCGGUGCUGACUGCCAUUCUGGAAAUUUAAUUACAAGACUGUUGAAGACUAGGUUCUCAUUUUAACUAGGACAUCAUCUUUCUUUUUUUAUUUUCUAUCUCAUGGAUUUCUCUGAUCCCCCCCAGUUCCUUUCCCCACAGUGUUGUGCAGAGGAAUGAAUUUACUUUUCAUUUUUUAUAGUUUUUUCUUUUUUUU